AUGACUUUGCAGGACAUUCCACUGCUCUCUCAUCCAACCCUCACAACUCUCAAGCUACAGAAAGUCAGGGUCGGUGAAUUCGCACGGCCGUCUGUCCGACCUCUCCCUCUUGAGAAUCUCGACUCCUUUUACCUUCAUGCCCACGAUUAUUCUUACGAGGUCUUGAACAAAUUCCUCAAGAACGCAAAGUCGCUCAGACAUCUCGAGUUCCACCAUCCUUUUGAUGUACCAGCCCACAGGGAUCCCCCAGAUUUCUCUGACCUUCUCCAGCCAUGCAAGAGCAGCCUCAAAAUAUUGGAACUGUGGUGGGAUUGUCACGAUCCCCUUUGCUUCAACAAUCCAGGCAUGAAAUUUGCAGAGUUUACUGCCCUGCAAUAUCUUGCUAUUCCUCCCAGAGCAUUAUUUGGCCCUUAUUGGUAUGAGGAAAAUCUCGACUUCUUGCAAAUGCUCAAGGAUAAUAUCCCACCUAACCUCAAGGUUCUGUUCCUGCAGGAGAUGUAUCCAUGCUGGUCAGAAGAGGAGAUGCCAGAAGGAAUAUUGCUUCCCAAUGACUACAAACUGAUCAAAACAUUGCUCACUAAUAAGGAAUUAUUCCCAUCGCUAAGGUAUAUUGCUUGGACAUCAGAGAUCGGCACUGUGCCACCAGAGGAUCUUGAGGAUAUGGCCGCAGAGUUGGGAAUGGCUCUUGAGUUGGUGUCCAAUAGGUCUGAGCUGCCGCCUGAUACAAAAUGGCUUGAGAGCCUAUGA